AGUCGGCUAUGGGGAACGCUGAAACUUGAACCGAACAAAUCGUACAGAUGGAUGGACGAUGGAUCGAAACGCAAGACAAAACAGAGGAUUUGCACGGCGUACGUGUCCAUGCCGACAUGGCACGCCAGCCUUUUCCAAGUUUCCUUCCAAGGUCAAAAACAAAAAUGAAUCCUUUCAGACGUACGCACACGUAUCACAAGCCACCUUUGGGUUCCUACACUUGUCCACUGUAAUUUGGCAUCUUCCUUUCCUUCCCUCUCAGCCACUGUCAGCUGAUGCUAAGAAGAGCAAUACUCUCCUCCCACAAUUUGUAUAUGCUUUCCUUCCAUUCCCUGGACAACCCAAGCUAGGCAAAUCCAAACUUUCUGCCCAUGCAACCUUUCUUCUUUGCAGGACGCACCUUUUAUGUUGGGUUUCCGUCCUGUCUUAUAUAUGUCUCCCUCAACAACAACAACAUAUAAACAAGCUCAGAGAAGAAAGACCAUAGCCUAGGCUAGCAACACACAUCUGGUUGGUUGAUAUCAUGGCCGGGGGGGCGGUGUUCCGGGCGCUGGUGUUGUUGUGCGCUGCAACGGUGAGCGCGGAGGCGCUGGCGGCCAACUGGGGCACCCGGGCGCACCGUCCGAUCCCGGGCGACGUGACCGUGCGUCUCCUCAAGGACAACGGGUUCGACAAGGUGAAGCUGUUCGAGGCGGACCCGAGCGCGCUGGAGGCGCUGGGCCACUCGGGCAUCCAGGUCAUGCUGGGCCUCCCCAACGAGCUGCUGGCUUCCGUGGCGGGCGACGUGAACGCGGCCGAGCGUUGGGUGCUCCAGAACGUGUCGGCCUACGUGUCCAAGCACGGCGUGGACAUCCGGUACGUGGCCGUGGGCAACGAGCCGUUCCUCAAGUCGUACAAGGGGCAGUUCGAGGCCGCCACGCUCCCCGCCGUGCGCAACGUCCAGGCCGCGCUGGUGAAAGCCGGGCUGUCCCGCCAGGUGCGCGUCACCGUGCCGCUCAACGCCGACGUCUACGAGUCCCUCGACGGCCGCCCUUCCUCCGGCGACUUCAGGCCCGACAUCACGGGACUCAUGACGAGCCUCGUCCGCUUCCUCCUCGACAACGGCGGCGUCCUCGCCAUCAACAUCUACCCGUUCCUCUCCCUCGACGCCGACGCCAACUUCCCGCGAGACUACGCCUACUUCCCGGCGCCCGGGGCUCCGCCGUCGCAGGCCAGCGUGCAGGACGGCAACGUGCUCUACACCAACGUCUUCGACGCCAACUACGACACGCUCAUCGCGGCGCUGGAGAAGCACGGGCUGGGGAACAUCACGGUGGUGGUGGGCGAGAUCGGCUGGCCCACGGACGGCGACGCCAACGCCAACGUGGCCAGCGCGCAGCGGUUCAACCAGGGGCUCUUCGACAGGAUCGUGGCAGGGAAGGGCACCCCGAGACGCCCAACCAUGCCGGACGUGUACGUCUUCGCGCUGCUGGACGAGGACGCCAAGAGCGUGGACCCGGGCAACUUCGAGCGCCACUGGGGCAUCUUCAACUACGACGGCUCACCCAAGUACGCGCUCCGGCUCGCCAACGGGAAAGGGAUCGUGCCGGCCAGGGGCGUCCGGUACCUGUCCAAGCAGUGGUGCGUGCUCAGGCCGGACGCCAGCGCCGCCGACCCGGCGGUGGUCAGCGCCGUGAGCUACGCGAGCCAGUACGCCGACUGCACCAGCCUCAGCCCCGGGUCCUCGUGCGGCGGCCUCGACGCCAAGGGGAACGUCUCCUACGCCUUCAACGAGUUCUUCCAGUCCGCCGGCCAGCAGAAGGGCUCCUGCGCUUUCAACAACCUCUCCGUCAUCACCACCACCGACCCGUCCCGUGGGACCUGCCGGUUCAAGAUCAUGAUCGACACCGGCCGCCACGACCUCAAUCAUGCCUCUGCCGCUGCCAGGACCGCUGUCGCGUGGAGCGCCGUGCUCGUGCUCGCGUUGCUCGCUCUUGUGGCCGUGUGACAUGGGGACACUGGCACAGACUGCUGAUAGACAGAGAGGAUCAGUCUAUUCUUUCGUUUUCUUUUUCUGUAUAGACGGGACCAACUGCCGACUGAGGGGAAGGGCAUGACGGUAGAUUUUUAGUUUACCUGUCAACCCGGCCGAGAAGGAUCAUUGCGUUGAAUAUGUAUUUGUUGGAGGAAUUGCCGGCCGGUGGUGAUUGUUUCUGAUGUAUACAAAUGAUACUGACUUAAGGAUGUUGACAAUGAGAUCCAUUCCAUCGA